AUGGCAAAGUGGGGAGAAGGAGAUCCACGUUGGAUUGUUGAAGAACGUGCCGAUGCAACAAAUGUGAACAACUGGCAUUGGUCGGAGAAAAACGCGACUCCUUGGUCAACAAAUCGACUUCGUGAAUUGCUCAAUGGUCUUGUUGCUGAGGUAACUUUCUUUAUCAACUAAGAAUUUAUUUUAGUUUAUCUUUUUUUUAGGAUGGUCCAAUAACAGUUACUAUCGAUGAAAUCAAGAAGAUUGAAGGCGAGGCAACUGCAAAUAACCGAAAAGCAAAAUUAAUUUUCCUUUACGAAUGGGUUAUCGAAGGUAAUUUCACUGCUAAUAUUUCUGGAACUCAAGAUGAAUACAAGGGAAAAUUCGAUAUUCCAAAUUUGAGUGAUGAAAAUGAUGCGGAUGAGGUUGAUGUUAAUUCUUUCAUCACCUCAAAUCAACACGGUGUUCUUGCUAAUCAAGUUCGUCAAGUUUUGAAUAAAGCUUUCGUCAAGCGAAUUCAAGAAACUGUUGGAUUAUACAUCCGUGAACUCAAAGAAGAAUUCAGCAAAGGACUUAUUCUGCCCACUGACAAAGUUAAACCACAAGUGGUCACCAAAGGAAAAACCACAAUGGUUGAUAAACGUCAAUUCCAAAACACUGUUGUCGCCGAGAAAGAUGCUUCUACUUCUGGAAACGAAAUUUUCGACGUCAAGGAGAUCUCAAUUGCCGACAGCUAUAAAGCUACCCCAGAUCGUGUUUUCGAAGCAAUCUCGGAACAAAAUUAUGUUCGAUCGUGGACUAAUAACGCGAUUAAUGAAUGGGAUUUCAAAGAAAAUGGAAAAUUCUCGCUGUUUGGGGGAAAUGUUAGUGGAAGUUUUGUUAAAAUCGAGCCAAAUAAAGAGAUUAUUACAAAAUGGAGACUGAAAAAAUACCCAAAUGAUCAUCAUGCGACCAUUCAUUUUAUUCUUAAAGACAAUGUAAGUUGAUUUUUAUAGUUGAGAAACAUGACGAGGGAAAUUAGUCGAAUUAAUUUAAUUAGUUCUUUUUUAUCACAUUGUUCCGAGUUCAAAAUUCGGGCAAACAAAGUUCAAUCUAAUCAAAAUAUUUAGAACUUAAUUUCGCGCGAAAAAACUUGAUUUCAAGUUUCUAUUUUCAAACAAAUCUCUCAAAAAAAAAAAUUAAAAAGUAAAUUUUCGCAAUGAAAAUGAAGAAUCUUAAAUUAUUGGAAAAUAUCCGAAAAGCAAACAUUUUUUCAGGGAUCCGCCACUGAUUUCACCAUCCAAGCUAAAGAUGUUCCUGUUCAUUUAGCCGAUGAGACUCAAACUGGCCUCGAUCGUUAUUAUCUUACAAGCAUUGCACGAACAUUCGGUUUCAGCUCUCGAAUUUGUUAA